AUGUCAGGAUCACUAACACCCGACACACCGAAUGCAGACAUCGUGGUAGCUGGUGAUAUUCCAGCAGACUUACUCGUUUAUCCGUCACCUGGUUCUAAUUCAGACGAGCGUGAUGAACAAAAGUUACGUGCUCACCGAUGUUUUGGCGGUGCUGCCCUCAUUGCAGAGCUUCUACAAGCGGCUGCCAAAGAGCACAAAUUCCAGGUUCACAAGCCGUCUUUCUUCGUCCAUCAAGAUAAAUAUCUAGAGCACUCCAUUCGCGCGGUCAUGGAGCUAGAAUCGUUGGAAGAAGAAAGAAAAGGGCCCCAUGGAUUCAAGGUAAAGCGCAGGCAGCAGCUCUAUGCCGACCCGCGAUGGCACAACCCCAACCCCGAACCGCCAAUUCCAAGAAAUGAUCAGAUGUCCAUCUUGAUCUUCCAGGACGCGGAGAACGAUUUCGCCAACCCGGAUGCUGCAAGCGCUCUUUUCCGAAAUAGGCAUCCAGAUGUGUUGCUUUACCAUAUGGCGCGGCAUAUGGGGAGACCUCUUGGAACCGGCGAAAUCUGGGACCUUGUUCGCCGCGGACCCUAUAGGAGUAAAGACAAACAGGAUCCCGAAAGAUUUAUUGCCGUGGUCAGCGCCGACGAUCUGCGUGCCGAGGGAAUUGAAUUGUGUCAUGGCCUCUCCUGGGAGAAGACCUGUGAAGAUUUUGUGGAAAAACUGGGCUCCAACGGUAAACUCGAUAGCCUCGCAACCUGCGCACAUCUCAUUGUCUUGUUUGGGUGCGAUGGGGUCAUCUAUCACCGUGGUCGGAAAAUGGUGGAGCCGAUCUUGUUUUUCGAUCCGUUGAGUGCGGAAGGUGACUUUUUCAGGGAAAAUAUAGGAUAUCUCCCUGGAGUUGCUGAAGCUUUUGUCGGUGGCCUCGCCGUACAGCUCGCUCACGGUCGCACGACGGAGCUAGACGUCCGGAUCAGACACGGGAUCGAACACGGCCUGACCAUUGCCAGGCGUCUGGCAAGGCUGGGGUUCAGGGACACGAAACUUGAGAACUGGCCGAAGUAUCCUGUUGCUGAGGUCAUGGAUAGUCGGCUGCCGGCUGAGACAAUUGCGACGCUAUCAGUCCCCUCUGAGAGCAUAUCACGCGGUGACACCCAUUGGUCCAUCCUACAUCAAAACAUCGGAGAUCCUCCAGGUGUCGCACGUCAGAUUGUGAAAGAGGGAACUUACUCUGCCGCCACUCGAAUUCCCUUAGCACGUUUUGGUCGUCUGGUUGUCUUCGACAGACAGGAGAUCGAAGCGUUUCGUACGAUUUUUAAUUCUGUCCAGGAGUAUUUAUCAGUCUCCCCAACCAGACCACUCAACAUCGGAGUCUUCGGAUCUCGAGGUGCAGGAAAGUCAUUCGCAGCUAUGCAGGUCACUGUUUCCGCCGCAGAAGCAAGCGGGAGAAAGAUCCGGCAAUUACGGUUCAACCUUCCUCAGAUGACCGGCCUCGACGAUCUCUUUGUCGCCUUUAACACCGUGAGGGAUUGUUCCCUGUCGGGUCUGUUGCCCCUGGUCUAUAUUAAUGGAUUCGACACCGACUUCUCCGGGGCUCGACUAGGCUGGCUAUCGCACCUUUUGGCCCCCAUGCAUACUGGCCAGGUCCUCGAUCGCGGCGAGAUGCGUCAUAUUGGCCCUGCCAUCCUUAUUUUAGGGUCGAACACCGUAAACACGUUCGAAGACUUCACCGCAACACUAGAAGAAGAAGACGAUUUUCCAGGAGGCCAAGAGUUCUUGAGCUGCUUGCAUGGCUUCGUCAAUGUGCUCGGACUUGAUCGCGUCAAUGAAUCUGACGCCCUCUAUCCUGUGCGGCGAGCCGUGGUUCUUCGGGCAUUGCUUGUAGAAAGAGAGCCGAAUCUGAAGGACGGAGAAGGCAUAUCAAUUGAUGACAGUGUACUGGAUGGGUUGCUCAUGAUCCCAACUUUCAGACAUGGACUCAGGUCUUUAAAAUCCAUUAUCGCCACGAGCAAACUCACAAAUAGCCGACAUUUUGAGCGGGCGGCUCUUCCACCUAGAGCGCAACUGAGUCUCCACUUAGACUACGCCGAAUUUGAGAAAUCCUCACAAUUCAACACGCUCCCCGAAUCCACGCGGGAGAUGAUCGCUCAGGAACUUCAUCGGACUUACAUUGCAACCAUAAAGGCAAUGAAAUGGACUCCGACGGAACUACAGGAGCAGGAAGAAAAGCCAUCGAUGCGUCCGUGGGAAACCCUUGACGAAGAAUUCAAGGAGUCUGCCCGCGCUCAUGCCAUUGACUUGCCUAGAAAGCUGCGGAUGAUCUCUUGUUUCCUAGCGACGGCGGCCGAAGACCGAAUACCUGUCCAAGAGUUUGACGCUAAGGACGUAGAACGUCUAGCCGAGCACGAACAUGAGCGGUGGAACGCUGAGCGGUUGCAAAAACAGUGGCGUUGGGGUGAGCGAAACGAUGCGGCUCGAACGAGCCCUUUUCUUGUCCCUUGGAGAGACCUAGAGCCAAAAUGGCAGAAUAUGGAUCGCGAGCUGGUAAAAUCAUAUCCCAAGAUCCUACCAGACGGCUAUAAAAUUUACAAGGUGGGAAAGGCUGAGAGUAUAAACGCGUAUACUUUCAAAGGCCCAUCACGAGCGCAGAGCAGUCCAAUGUGA